UCGACCCCUCACUGUCGAAGUGUAAGAAACCAAACGAUACCUCGCCCCACCCUUAUUUAAACCCCCCCACGACCAGAAGCAAACAUGCGUGAGUGCAUCUCCAUCCACGUCGGUCAGGCUGGUGUCCAGAUUGGCAAUGCCUGCUGGGAACUGUACUGCCUUGAGCACGGCAUUCAGCCGGACGGUCAGAUGCCCAGUGACAAGACCAUUGGUGGAGGAGACGACUCAUUCAACACCUUCUUCAGUGAGACUGGUGCAGGAAAGCACGUACCCAGGGCUGUGUUUGUGGACCUGGAGCCCACUGUGAUUGAUGAGGUACGCACAGGGACCUACCGUCAGCUCUUCCACCCAGAGCAGCUCAUCACUGGUAAAGAGGAUGCUGCCAACAACUAUGCCCGUGGCCACUACACCAUUGGAAAGGAAAUCAUUGACCUUGUACUCGACAGGAUUCGCAAAUUGGCUGACCAGUGCACAGGUCUUCAGGGCUUCCUGGUCUUCCACAGCUUCGGUGGAGGCACCGGCUCUGGUUUCACCUCCCUCCUGAUGGAGCGUCUGUCUGUGGACUACGGCAAGAAGUCCAAGCUGGAGUUCUCCAUCUACCCUGCCCCUCAGGUGUCCACCGCUGUGGUGGAGCCCUACAACUCCAUUCUGACCACCCACACCACCCUUGAGCACUCCGACUGUGCUUUCAUGGUAGACAACGAGGCCAUUUAUGAUAUUUGCCGUAGGAACCUUGACAUUGAGCGCCCCACCUACACAAAUCUUAACAGGCUUAUUGGUCAGAUUGUGUCCUCCAUCACAGCCUCCCUCAGGUUCGAUGGUGCCCUCAAUGUAGAUCUUACUGAGUUCCAGACCAACUUGGUGCCCUACCCUCGUAUCCAUUUCCCUCUGGCCACAUACGCCCCAGUGAUCUCUGCUGAGAAGGCGUACCAUGAGCAGCUCUCAGUCUCCGAGAUCACAAAUGCUUGCUUUGAGCCUGCCAACCAGAUGGUCAAAUGUGACCCCCGUCACGGCAAGUACAUGGCCUGCUGCCUGCUGUACCGUGGUGACGUGGUGCCCAAAGAUGUCAACGCUGCCAUUGCCACCAUCAAGACCAAGCGCACCAUCCAGUUUGUGGACUGGUGUCCCACUGGUUUCAAAGUUGGUAUCAACUACCAGCCCCCCACUGUUGUCCCCGGUGGUGAUUUGGCCAAGGUGCAGAGGGCUGUGUGCAUGCUGAGCAACACCACUGCUAUUGCCGAGGCUUGGGCCAGGCUGGAUCACAAGUUUGAUCUGAUGUACGCCAAGCGCGCCUUCGUGCACUGGUACGUAGGAGAGGGUAUGGAGGAGGGAGAGUUCUCAGAGGCCAGAGAGGACAUGGCUGCCCUGGAGAAAGAUUAUGAGGAGGUGGGAGUUGACUCCAUCGAGGGUGAGGGUGAGGAGGAGGGAGAAGAGUAUUAAAAACCGUUAAACGAGGUACAAAAUUGUAUCAGAGGCCAGACGCAUCAAAUGUUUACCAAGCCACACGAAAGGGAAAAUGAGCCCCCUUGAACCAAAUGUUAUCUAUUUGCAGGUCAUGAUUUGAUAACACCUGAUUAAAAAAUCC